AUGCCACGCUCCUUCUUGGUGGACUCGCUGGUGCUGCGGGAGGCUGGGGAAAAGAAGGCGCCCGAGGGCAGCCCACCCCCUCUCUUCCCCUAUGCAAUGCACCCCCCGCACGCCCUGCACGGGCUCUCACCCGGCGCCUGCCACUCGCGCAAGGCCGGGCUGCUGUGCGUCUGCCCGCUAUGUGUCACUGCUUCCCAGCUGCACGGGCCCCCAGGCCCACCAGCCCUUCCCCUGCUCAAGGCGUCCUUUCCCCCUUUCGGCUCUCAGUACUGCCAUUCGCCCCUGGCCCGUCAGCACUCCUCGGUCUCCUCCGGGGUCAGCCAUGGGCCGGCCGCCGCCGCCGCCGCUGCCGCCGCUGCUCUCUACCAAACCACCUACCCCCUGCCUGACCCCAGGCAGUUCCAUUGCAUCUCCGUGGACAGCACCUCCAGCCAACUGCCCAGCAGCAAACGGAUGCGCACAGCUUUCACCAGCACACAGCUUCUAGAGCUAGAGAGGGAGUUCGCCUCCAAUAUGUACCUAUCCCGUCUGCGCCGCAUUGAGAUCGCCACCUACCUAAACCUGUCCGAGAAGCAGGUGAAGAUCUGGUUUCAGAACCGCAGAGUCAAGCACAAGAAGGAAGGCAAGAGCGGGUCCCACCGCGGGGGCAGCGGGGGCGGUGUCGGAGGAGCGUCCCACAGCUGCAAGUGUUCAUCUCUUUCCUCCGCCAAGUGCUCAGAAGACGACGAUGAACUUCCCAUGUCCCCGUCCUCGUCAGGAAAGGAUGAACGGGACCUCACUGUCACUCCAUAA